GGGGGGAUAGACUGGGAGACAGAGCGAGACAGAGAAGGGGAGGAGAGUGUGUGUGUGAGAGAGAGAGAACUUUAAAAAAAAGUUGCAGUUUCUUUGGGUAGGAUUAAAUAUUUUUUUUUUUCUCCCAGACUGGGAUUGUGACUUAGUGGAAAGGCACAUGCUAGGCAGAACCGGCUACACGGACUCGAGAUGGCUGUGUGCCUGGGCUCCCUGACGGGGCAGCUCGGCUUGGCGUUGAUCCUGUGCUGCUGCUGCUGCUGCUUCAUCUCGACAGCCGAGGGGCGGCUCCCACACCCGCUGCUCUACUUCGACCCGGGCGACGCGCGCGUGCUGCAGCAGCAGGCGCACACCACGCACGCCCACCUCGCUAAGGUGAUCCGCAACUCGGUCAAGAGCAUGAUGUCCAAGGCCGCCUUCUACCUGCCGCCGGUCGAGCACGAGGCGUUUGCGGCACGCUGGAACGAGAUCUACGGCAACAACCUGGGCGCCCUCGCCAUCUACUGCGUCCUCUUCCCGGGCGACGAGACGGCGCUCAAGUUCACGCUGGAGUACAUGGACCGCAUGUGCAGCUACCCGCGCUGGCAGGUGCGCGACGCGCCGCAGGACGAGGUGCCCGUCGCGCACUCGCUCGUCGGCUUCGCCACCGCCUUCGACUUCCUGUACCCGCACAUGGACCCACGGCGGAGGGCCGCGCACCUCGCCAAAAUCCGCGCCGUCACCGAGGAGAUGUACGAGCUGUCCAAGUUCCGCGCGUGGGGCAAGCACUACCUGCACAACCACGAGGUGACCAACGUGAUGGCGAUGCUCACGGGCGCCCUGGUCGUGGAGGCGCACGACCGGGCGGCGGCGGCGCCCUGGCGGCAAGCGGCCACGGAGCUCAUGGAGAGGACCUUGUUCCUGCUGGACCACGUGGUGGACGGCUCUCUGGACGAAGGGGUCGCCUACGGCAGCUACACGUCCCGCUCGGUGACGCAGUACAUCUUCCUGGCACUGAGGCACUUUGGCAUUAACCACACCAACAGCACGUGGCUGCGCGAGCACUUCUGGUUCUACUACGCCACGUCGCUGCCCGGCUACCAGCGGACGGUAGGCAUCGCCGACUCCAACUACAACUGGUUCUACGGGCCGGAGAGCCAGCUGGUGUUCCUCGACAGGUACGUGCUGCGUAACGGGAGCGGCAACUGGCUCGCGCAGCAGAUCCGGCGGAGCAGGCCCCGGGACGGCCCCAUGGAGCACUCGACGUCGCAGCGCUGGUGCACGCUUCACACCGAGUACCUGUGGUACGACGCGCAGCUGGUGCCCAGGCCGCCCGCCGACCACGCCGCGCCCAGGAUGCACGUCUUCUCCAACUGGGGAGUGGUGACGUACGGCGGCGGGCUGCCCAGAGCGCCCGGCAACACGUUCGUGUCUUUCAAGUCGGGAAAGCUGGGCGGGCGCGCAGUGUUCGACAUCGUGCACAGCGGCGCCUACCCGUGGAUCAACGGCUGGAAGAACUUCAACCCCGGGCACGAGCACCCCGACCAGAACUCGUUCACCUUCGCGCCCAACGGCCAGGCGUUCGUGGCCGAGGCGCUGUACGGCCCCAAGCACACGUAUCUCAACAACGCGCUGGUGUUCGGGCCGUCGCCCACUAGCCAGUGCAACCAGCCCUGGGAGGGCCAGCUGGGCGAGUGCUUUCAGUGGCUCAAGUGGACGGGCGAGGGUGUGGGCGACACGGCGGGAGAGGUGGUCACGGCGUCGCAGCACGGCGAGCUGAUGUUCACCAGCGGCGAGGCCGCGUCGGCCUACUCGGCCUCCAUGGGUCUCAAGAGCGUCUACAGGAGCCUGCUGCUGCUCAACUCGCAGACGCUGCUGGUGGUCGACCACAUCGAGCGCUCGGAGGCCUCGCCCAUCAGCCAGGCGAGCGCCUUCUUCCACAACAUGGAGCUGGACUUCAAGUACGUGCUGCAGAGGGUCAGGGACAGGUACAACGGCGCCGUGAUGGACGUGUGGGACGCAAAGUAUGAGAUGUUUUGGUUCGACAGCCAGGGGAAUAGUCCCCGCGCCGCCCUGCAGGACAUGGAGCAGGCGGCGGAGUUCAAGAAACGCUGGACGCAGUUCGUGAACGUGACGUUCGCGCUGAGAGGACCGGCGACGGCGACGCGCGUGGCGUACGUGUUCCACGGGCCGUUCGUCACGCUCGGCGACUGCCGCUUCGUGGACGAGCACAGGAACGGCGUGCGCCUGCACCUGGAGGUCAACGGCACGUCGCAGCUCGUGUCGAUCGCGACGCGGUACCAGGACCCGGCCGCACGCCUCGCCUACCUGGGCUUCGCGGGGUACGCCAAGCUGGAGAACGAGCGGCAGAUAACGCGCUUCGGCCUGAGCCAGGUGGUGCUGCGUGAGCAGGGGGGCGAGAGCGACCUGGCGUACCUGAUGGGCGUCACGGUGAGCUUCGCCGUCGGCAUCACGCUCGGCACAGCGCUGGUGCUCGUGGCCGUGCGCUGGAAGUUCUACAUCUCCUUUAACCGGCUCGUGCGGCUGGCGAUGCUCGGCGUGGUCCUGCUGUGGGUCGUCGAGCUGCUGGUGGUGUGGCGGGCCUGCGUGCACCCCUUAUGCGGCCUCGGCUGGGAGCGCCGUCGCCCGCCGAUCGCGACGGGGAACUACGGCGACGGCCAGCAGCCCCUGCCGGAGCCCGACCUCCACUCGGUCCUGCCCACCGUCGUGGUCGCAUCGUUGCCGGCGUCCGGCGCCGAGAUCCUCAAAGAGCUGUUCGCCGGCACCACGGACUUUGCGUAUAUCGCGGCGCCCACGCGCCUGGUGAGGCUGCCCGACACGGAGUUCGAGGUGGACCCGUUUGUGGACGCGUGCGAGUGGACGUACGCGGACAUGCGCUCGGGGCGCUUCCCCACGCUGCAGGGCUGGUUCCAGUCCCUGCUCAGGAACCCGCGGCUUCACCUGCAGAAUAUGCCCCUGCAUGGGCUGCUGCCAAAGAGGCGGGUGUUAUCACAUGAGAGUGGCGUGUCGUUAGGUGGUACGGCUCUGCCGGGAGAUAAACCACUUCCGCGCAACAAAACUAACGGGCAAGGGGCACCAGGCGGGAGUAUUGAUUUGAUUGAGAGGCUCGCGCGAGAUGCGCUUCCCACUGAAUCCCUGAGAUCGAGAAAGUUGCUGCAUAAAAAACAGCCCAGCAAAACUCUGCGGCGAGCAAAAGCCAAGCAGGAGCCAGAGCCCCUCCUCCAAAAGAGGGUCCUCUCGGAUGAAGAGAGCGAAGCGGAAUACAUCCGGGGCCUACGAGCUCACCUGCUGGCCUACCCCAACACGCGCAUCGCCCUGCACCUGACGAGCGGCAGUUGGAACCUGAAGCUGCCCUUCCUGCGGGGCCUCGUGGGCUCGUCCCUGCGAGCGCUGUACGUGGUGCGCGAUCCGCGCGCCUGGGUCCACUCCAUGCUGUACGGCAGCAAGCCGAGCCACUACGCCGAGCUGGACGUUGCCGCUCGGCUCGAGCGCCUCUUCCAGGCCGCCGGCGCCGGGCGCGCGCCGAGGCGCGAGCGCUGCGGCCUGGGGUCUGGCUACGCGUUCGAAUUCGAGCCGCUGCGCCGGCUGGUGUCGGACGCGGAUGCCACGCCGGUGGCGCUGCUCGCGCACGUCUGGCUCGCCAGCACGGCGGCGGCGCUGCGCGUCAACCGCCAGCUGCCGGAGACGAACUGCGCGGUGGUGCGAUUCGAGGAGCUGGUGCAGCAGCCGCAGGCGGCCUCGGAGAGGAUAUACGCGUUCCUGGGACUGCCUGCGCCGCCCGCCGCGAUCAACCGCAUCCUGAUGGCCACACGCAGCCAGGUGUUUCGCCUGCCUAAUGAGGGCCUGCUUUCGGCCAGCGCGGUGAGCGCGUGGAAGGCGAAGAUGCCGCGCAGAGACAUCCGUGAGAUUGAGGACAUCUGCGCGUCGAUGAUGACGCAGCUGGGAUACUCGAAAUUCAUGGAGUGAAAGAGUCGUGGGGGGGUUGAGUUUUUUUUUGUUGGCCCCUGCGUGAGUGACUCGUAAUUUAGUGGAAGAUUUGUUGUUUUCUUCUAAAUUGAGGUGUUGUCAACGAAAUCGAUAUUUACAACAAAGAAUUUGUUUUGGAUUGUUUUGGCCAAGGGACAAUUGAGUUACCGAUGUGGUGGAUUUGAAAUUGAGGGGUUAAAUGAGGCCCGUUCGUUUUUAAGUUGUUAUAUGCAAUAUUUUGAUUGUAAAGUAUUUGUUUCACAGCGUUGUAUAAAUACUCUAUUUAUAUUGACCGAGAAAAGCACUAAAGCACAAAAAAAGAUCUGCAACUGAACAAAUAGCACGUUCAUAUUUUUAGGAAGGAAAUAUUAUAUUCAAUACAACAGCUUGGUUGUAAAAUACUGAACCGCAUUUGAUGAUUUUCUUAUGGUUUUGAUCGUUAAGUGUGAGGAUCAGUUGUAACUGGAGUGUAACUGCUCUCUGAGCCUCCUGGUAGGGACACCAAUGUUUUAUAGUGAAUCCUUGUUGGCGUUACAGUCUGUGGAAAAUUGUAUUUAAGAAAAAGUAUGAAUCACCUAACUGCAGACAUCACUUUUUUUUUUAAGUGGCUCAGUAUUCUACAUUUUCAGUCUUCAGUAGAUGACUGGCUUUUAAAAUCCUUAAUUGCAUGUUUUUUUAAAUAUAUAAAGAGUUAACAGAGGAAGCAUUACAAGCAGAUACAUUGACAAGUGACAAUCUGUAUAUAUUGGAGUGGGGGUUACCUUACUCGUUUAAAUGACUAUACGAAGACAAUACGGAUGAUAACUCUCACGGAGUUACUUAUGAAUUAAAUGCCAGAUUACAUUAAUCCUCAACAAAUUACAAUCAUAGGGCGAGGCCAAUAUUUGAAAAAAUUGACAUGUUAAACCAACUGUGAAUGGCAAUGAAGAGUUGGGCUACGCAUUAGCAAGGGAACGUGGGAUCGGUGCAGGCAUCACUCCGUUUCCACGCGAAAGCACUUUUAAUCAAAGAGGUUUAGCUCGGAGAGCUUCGAAGAGGUGGGUGGGAGUGGGGGGGGGGGGGCACUGUCACAAAAACCCAUGGAUCUUAGAGGCUCAGAGCAAAUUCGCAAUCAUGCCUAUCAGCUACCAACGCAGUUCCCAUGUCACUUUCGCCAGCACAUCAUGGCCGAAGCAGGUAUACAACAUGUAAUGACAAAAGUGACGGUUUUUUGGGGUUAUAUAAUAAUUCAUAAUUCAUUAUUAUAUACAAAUAGAAUAUACACAGUAACUGUGAUUAAAAAGAGGCCCCGACAAGGGAUCGUGGAAUUUAAAGACCGAUAACGAUUCAUGCCACCGGCGACAAAAUCAUUCUCUUAGGUUUUUUCGGUAAAGUCACGUAGGUAAAAAAAAUGAUAAUAAAAAAAUAUCGAAUGAAAAUAACUACAUUCAUUUAUUAUUAUUUUAAUAUUUUUUUUUACCUACGUGACUUUACCUAAAAAACCUAAGAGUAUGAAUCCUUGCAGUCACGAAAGCUUCAAAUCGACAAAAUCAUUGUCAAAUCGAUUUAGGCCGCUGUGAGCGGAACCACGUGAACGAUAUGGAAGAGGGGAAAAAACUCGCGUUACGCUGUGCUGAUGAUCCCAAACAAGGUAGAAGCCAGUACAACGCAACGGUCUGAAUAUCGGCUUUUGGUUAGGCCAGAUUAACUCAAGAGACCACAGACCGAUACUGUGUGUGAUUGACGUCCGACGCUUACAGAGGCCCUAAAUAUUUGUCCUUCAAAACAAGAAAAAUCACAUCUAAUCUCACUGACGCCUUGAGACUCUUUGCCACAGCUUUCUACACAGACAACCACACAUAUUCAUACGCGCAAAUAAAUAAUGUAUAUUUGUGCGACGCUAACAUUUGUAAGGUGGCUGGAGAGGGUUCCAUCAGUGUUGUGCUGCUGGGUUCUGCGCGUGAUAUAAGCAACCCGCUGACGAGCACGGCUCUUGUCAGCAGCGAAUGACCUCACCUGCCUUGCACAGCUUCACAUUGCCGCCUUCUCCAUCCCGUUUCACAAAAUAUUCAAGGGUAUGGGGGGGUUGUAAUGGGGCGUCAGACAGCUGCCCUCCCCCCGUCGCUCGAUCACCCGUGGCGUAGCCUGCCGCUGUUAAGAGCCUUCCGCAACCGACGAGAUGAGGCGCCGGCGAAGCGACCUUGGUGUUGGUUUCGUGGAAGACAAAUUUUUCACGGACGGGGGGGGAGGGGGUAUUCAUAUUCUUAGGUUUUUUCGGUAAAGUCACGUAGGUAAAAAUUUUAGAAUUAAUAAAAGUAAAAUAAAAAUAAAAUAAAAGUCACGACGUUUCGGAGGCAACACAAGCUUCCGUCUUCAGGUGGAACAGUCACAGCACGAUAGCUGUAUCAAGUGAGAGAAAUUCCAAGAAAACUGUAUUUUUAUAUAUACUGGUUGAAAGUGGGAGGAGCCAAGUGGAGGGGGGGGUGUUCAUUAUUGGGUCUUUCCCCCUUUUCAAAGAAACUCUCCGGCGACUUUGUUUUUUUUUACUAAUUUUGACCAGGGGUUAGCAGCUUGUGGGCUCACAAAAACUGUGACACUGAGACAAGUGUGUAGUGCGGGAAAGAGACGCGAACUGAAGUGGUCAAUAAUAACAUAUUCUUAGGUUUUUUCGCUAAAGUCACGUAGGUAAAAAAUAAAAAUUAAUAAAAGUAAAAUAAAAAUAUUAUUCAGGGCCUACCUUGGCCCCUCCCACCCUCAACCAGUAUAUAUACAAAUACUGUGUUCUUGGAAUUUCUCAUUUACUUGAUGCAGCAAUCGUGCUGUGACGGUUCCACCUGAAGACGGAAGCUUGUGUUGCCUCCGAAACGUCGUGAUUUUUAUUUUAUUUAACUUUUAUUAAUUAAAUUUUUUACCUACGUGACUUUACCGAAAAAACCUAAGAAUAUUAAUCCUUGCAGUCACGAAAGCUUAAAAUCUGGAAUAAAUCGGGCGUGGGCCACGCGCGGACUCACCGCUCUCACCUCUUGCUGUGCGGCCCGGUUCCUAACAGUCCCGGCUCGUGACCCCGGGGGUCGUUGACCUCUGGAGUUAGCGCCGGAGGUCGUCGGGCAAUCUCGCACCCUCGGCUGCGCCGGGUCGCGACCGCACGCUGCCCUCCCCGUGGUGGCCGCGGUUUCUGUCGGUUUUUUUUGGGAGUGUAAAUGAGCCACAGCUGCGCGCAGCCUUCGUCCGUUUAUGAAAUUGUCUGAAGUAGUUUCGAGCUCUUAGACGGGGGAAGGGAAGGGGGGGGGGAACAACACAAAUCUUGCACUCUUCAUUAGAGCAGUUGGUGAUGUGGAAACGGAGAGAAGAAGGAUUUUGCAUAUCGAAGUAAAACCGCGUAUCAUUUGCUGUUUAGGUGUAUAUUUCCUUUUUCUCUCUCUCUCUCUUCGUUUGACACGAAUGUUUGAUUGGCAAUAAAUGGCUGUUUUGUGCAAUGUUUUUGGUACACGA